AGCACAAGCAAGAAUUGACUUCUCUAACACAAAUGGAAUCAGUAAAGUUGUUCCUCCCACUCUUGUUCAUCAUCUCCCUUGUGGCAGGACAAGGAUUAGCCCAUCAUUAUUCUCUUCGUCGGUCUUUUGAGGCAAUCAAUAAGUUAUUUGUGUUUGGGGAUUCCUACGUUGACACUGGCAACGUGAUAGACGGUGAUCUUGUAAGCAAGUAUCCAAAUGGAAUUACGUGGCCUGGCAAACCUGCUGGACGAUACUCAGAUGGUUAUGUUCUCACAGAUUACUUUGCGAGUUUUCUAGGCCUCAAAUUUCCCAUCCCAUAUGUGCAAUUGCAUGAUGUAGUAAUGCAUAUAGAUGGUGUCAACUUUGCUUUUGGUGGAUCUGGUGUGUUUACGACCAUAUUUCCUGUACCAAAGUUAACCGACCAAAUCGACUUCUUCCAAGGAUUUAUUGAUAACUCUACACUUACUCCACAAUACAUUGACUCCUCUAUAGCCCUUGUCUCUGUGUCCGGUAAUGACUAUAUGACUUACUUUGUAAAUCAUAUCUUCGAUUGGACGAGAUUAGUAAUGGGUUUGAAGCCCUUCAUUAGGUCAAUGGUGAACACAAUCAGAGACGACUUGAAACGCAUCCAUAGUUUGGGAGUGAAGAAAGUAGUGGUUACAACGUUAGGACCCUUGGAAUGUGUCCCCAUGACGACCAUGUUUCUAGAAUACGAGCGAUGCGUUACAAUUCUGAAUUUAGUGGUCGAUUACCACAACUCUUUGUUACAAGAAGCUGUCACCAAAUUGAACAACGAAACAAAUACUGAUGAUCCUUCGUUCUCCAUUCUCGAUCUUCAUGCUGCCUUCUCCUCCAUAAUCCAAAACAAGGGAUACCCUAAAGGUAAUAUAACGUUUUCAACACCAUUGGAGCCAUGUAACAAGCUUGUAACUGAACAAGGGGUCAUGAGGUAUAAACUAUGCGAAGAUCCCAAGUCAGCCUUCUAUUGGGACUUUGCUCACAUUACACAUCAGGGAUGGCUUGCUGCGUUUAGCUACUUGACUGACACUCUCAACAAAUCUCACCAAAUCACCUAAUUUAUGGCUUUGAAGAAGACACUGCACUUCAUCCCAUCCUCUUAUUUUCUAUCUAUAUUUUGCAUGCAUAGAUGGUUUAACGUAAUUUAAGUGGUCAAUAAUGUCUCAUUUUCUCUACUUGCUUUUAUAUCAGCGUGUAGUGUAGUUGCUCUAUGAAUAAAAAGCUUCUUUGUAAAGGGAGCAA